AUGACAACAAACCUUUGCAACGAGUUACAGCAGCUUUCAUCCGCACAGCUUCGAGACCUUCUCAGUGCAAGUGGUCAUGACAAAUUACUGCAAAAUGAAGAGAAGCAUAAAGAGAAUAAUGUAUUGAUCCCCAAAAAAAUAGAUGAACAGCUUCUAGUGGACAUUAAGAAUGAAGGCAAUACGUUUUUCCGCCAAGGUCAUCUGAACGAUGCCGUAUCUGCCUACUCUCGAUGCCUUGAAUUAGAUCCAAACAACGCCAUCUGUCUUUCAAACCGAGCAGCUGCGUAUCUAGAGUUAAAGCAGUAUGACCUUGCAAUUACAGACUGCUCGAGAGCAAUUGAGCAAGCUUCAAUCAUUAAGCCAUUCAUGCGUCGAGCAACUGCAUAUAUGGCACGGCAGCAGUUUAUUCAAGCAGUUGCUGAUCUUGAAGCGGCGCUACAAAUUGAGCCACACAAUAAAGAGUGUUAUGCAAAGCUUCAAGUUAUUGUGGAUACAGCAAUGGAGGAGCAAGAGUGUAGAGUUAUGAUGGGUACAGAGCUUCGUAAAGCAAUUCUUCGAGCUACGCUGCUUGUGUCUGUUCGUAAAGGAUGGACAAAGAGUGCUGUGCGAGGCAAUCCAGGUCCAGCUGCUGUUAAUGGACAUACACUAUUUCAAGGACCCAACGGAUGUAUUUAUCUUUUUGGUGGAAGAGCUGUGCGUGAACAGAAACCUGAUGUAUUUGUGCUAGAUGAGAAUGAUCAUUCAAGCUGGGAUAUAGUACCCACCAGAGGCACAAGUGUGCCUUCGUCACGUGCGUGGCAUUCGAUUUCACCUAUCGGGCACGAAACAAAAGAGUUAUACUGUGUAUACGGUGGGGUAUCGUCACGGGGUGAAGACGCUAAUGUGUACUUGCUUAUGCGUGAUGCAGUCGGUAGAUUUCAAUGGUUACAAGGUUGCUGCGCGCAAGAUUCCAAUAGUAUUCCUACUCCCCGAUCAGGCCAUGCAACAGUGUCAGCUGUGGAAAGUACUGGCAACCAAGCUGUGUUCAUUUUUGGUGGACGAACAAAACAAGGAGUAAAUGACCAAUUGCUAGUUUUGCAGUGCUCUUCACUACCUGAUGUCGCCGUUGCUGACAGCAGUUGCGUGAUAAACACGACAGUUGUAUGGAGCGAAAUCAGUCAAGUUAAGAGCACUAAAAAGCACAAUCGUUGGCCAUCUGCUCGGGACGGUCACUCGUUAUGUUUGCUGCCACGUUCGGAAUAUCAUCCGCCUCGACUUGUACUUUUUGGUGGGAACGGUCAGCUCAAUGAGGAGAGGAUGAAUGAUGUAUGGAUAUUUGACAUAGACAAGCAGCUUUGGACGCUGCUGCAGUGUUCCGGAGAUAUUCCACCGCCAAGGUCUUACCACACAGCCCACACCAUUGGUGAGUUUCUUUUCGUUGUUGGUGGUCGAACUGCCGAAUGUGAGGAUAGCAACGUGUACAUGCUGGACAUCGGGACAUGCAAAUGGUUGAAAGUGCCUGUUCCAAGCGAUUAUGUUUUAACUCCUCGCGCUUGGCAUUCGAGCGUUCUCACGAAAGACGGUAAACUGUUCGUGCUCGGUGGUGGUAGCUUCCACGGUCCACUGAAAGAUGCCGCUUUGCUUGACGUGAGUUACUUUCAGACCAAGGCAUCUUUACUCCUCCAUCGCCAUGGUGACACGUCUUUGCUGGAGUAA